GGCCACAGUGCUGAAGCUGGAGCGCCGGCGUGGACUGCAAGGGGACGUGCACUGAACUUGUAACUCAGGAACCAGAGGGACUGAAGAAGAGGCAAAGGAGCGCUUCUUCCCCCCACUCCCAGCCCCAGCCUCAGAGGAUGCGGCUCCUCGGGAAACUCCGCGCUUCGGCCGCGGGCCGCGCGGCUCUGGAGCCUGCCUUCUCCAACGUGCUCACUCCGGACCGCAUCCCCGAGUUCUGUAUCCCGCCGCGGCUGCCCGCGCCCUGCUCUGCCGUGUCCUCGCCCCCGGCUGUCGCCCUGCCCCGGCGGUGCGCUGCAGAGCCGGACCUUUGGUCUCGAGGAGCCUACGACGGCGCGGGGCGCACGGACUGGGACCCACGCUCGCAGGCCGCGCUCUCGCUGCCGCACCUGCCCCGGGCGCGAACCGCCUACGGCUUCUGCGCGCUGCUCGAGAGCCCGCACACCCGCCGCAAGGAGUCGCUCUUCCUCGGGGGCCCGGGGACCGCCCCGCUCCUGCCCGCGCCCCGCCCCCGGGCCCGCACCUACGGCGGCGGCGGCGGCGGCGGAGACGCCCCCCUUGCGCCCCCGGGAAGAGCCCCUGCUGCGCCUCCCGCGGCCCGCGGCGGCCCUCGCCCGCCCCCGGAUGCGCUCGCCCCGCGGCCCCGCGGCCGCCGCCUCCUGCGUGCUCCCGAGGGGCUGCUGCGCCGCGCACUGCGGGCCGGGAGGAGCCGAGGCCUGGCCCGCGCCCGCUCCGUCUCCAGCGGGGACGGGGAUGAUGACGACGACGACGGGCGCCGCGCCGGCUCCUGGUCCCCGGCCCGGGCCCCCGCCACGUCCCCUCCGCCGCCCCCCGACCCGCGGCCCGAGCGCCUGGAGGCCGAGGGCACCGUGACUCUGGACCGCACCGGCGGCGCCCUGCGCCUGGCCGUCGAGUACAGUCGGGACAGCGGGCGCCUCCGCGUCCGGCUGCUCCGCGCCGAGGGCCCGGCCGGAGGGGCCGCCGAGCCCCGCGCCCCCGUCGGCUGCCGCGUCAGCUUCGUCCUGCAGCCGCCGGGCCAGACGCGCCGGCCGCGGGGCGCCGUGGUCCGGCGGAGCCGCCGGGCGGUCUUGGAGCAGGACUUGUGCUUGGACGGGCUCUCGGAGGACGAGGUGCGCCGCCUGGCCGUGCGCGUCAAGGCCGAGAACCGGGGCCGCGGGCUGGAGCGGGACCGCCUGCUGGGCCAGGGCGAGCUGCUGCUGGGCCCCCUCCUGCUCCUCUGAGGGCGCGCCCUGCCCCUGGGGCCUCUCGAACACUGCCAGCCGCUUUGUACCAAAUAAAUGUUAUUUAUUCGUUUUUCUAAUCACGUUCUCGCUUUGUUGCCGUUUUAGUUCUUAGGUAUCUGCUUUUGUCAUCGUUUAUUGGUAGGGAAGGAUAAAAUAAUGACGCCCUCCUCUAUUCAAAACACUCAAUCCUUUUUUCCAGACCAUUUUUUACAUAAAAAGGUUGGCUUGUGUCUGAAACAGAGAAGAAAGAAGUACACCCCAUCUGCGUUGUUUUCCCAUUCCUGAUUUAUAUCAAUGCCAAACGGCUUAUGGGUUUUAAAAAAUGUUAUUCCUUCAGAAUCAUGCCCAACGCUAAGAUGCGUAUAGACAGCUUUACAUAUUUGAUGUGGUGUGGAUUCAUAUCCUCAUUCGUGCAGACGCACAUCAGGGUGGGAACCUUCUGUAACACGGAUACCUUGAUGGGAAAAGAAUUCCUUUCCCAUGAAGAAAGAACAAGAUUCUUUUGAAAGUGAAGUCCUCAAAAAUUGCAGAGGAAAAAGAAAACAAAGGAAGUGAAAGAUCUUCCAGUGGAUUGUAUGUGGGGAGUAGAUAUUCCUGGCCUCUCCCUUUACCUUCUCCAGAAGGAGCCCUGGGAAAUCUUGCUAUUUCAGAAGGGAAAUCAUGGGCUUCCCUGGUGGCGCAGUGGUUAGGAAUCCGCCUGCUAAUGCAGGGGACACGGGUUCAUGCCCCGGUCCGGGAAGAUCCCACAUGCCGCGGAGCGGCUAGGCCCGUGAGCCACAACUACUGAGCCUGCGCGUCUGGAGCCUGUGCUCCGCAACGGGAGAGGCCGCGACAGUGAGAGGCCCGCGCACUGCAACUGGAAGAAGCCCUUGCACAGAAACGAAGACACAACACAGCCAAAAAUAAAUUAAUUAAAAAAAAAAAAAAGAAGGGAAAUCAUUCCUAUCUCUGUAAACAAGGUGAUUUUUUUUUGUGGCUUUAUUUCUACCCAGCUGUGUAUAUGUACAUAGUAAUAAAUGAGUUUGCAAUAGGA